UUACGGCGGUUGAUUAACGAGUUUAUGAAAGUGUGAAUUUAUGGUUGCAGGCUCACAUUKUGGGCAUUUCCUACGUAUGCCAAUUAACUCAACGGAAGCAUUACCAUUAUCUGAUAGUUAUAUAUAAAGCUGUCCGCCUGUUGAUACUUGAUCAUUCUUUCAAGCAACUGAUACAAGUCGGUUGGCUAUCACUGAGUCUUUAUCUCUUUGAAUAGGAAAACACGUCUUCAAAAYCCUUCAAAAUCAAGACAACAGACUAUAGAUGGGGGCAUUCAAUGAAUACCAUUUGGACAAAAGCGUGUACGUGGCGUACGGRACGGUGAUGUUCUUCAUUCUGUGCCUUGGUUUGGCGGGAAAUCUUCUUUCGAUUCCAGUCCUUUUGCAUCGCGACCACCGCAAAAAGAGUGUCACAUCAUUGAUGUUGAAUAUGUGCGUGGUUGAUGUUUUGCUGUGCAGUGUUGGAUACAGUGUUUCAAUAUCGUACAAUUUGGUCGGAAAGGAAAUGGAAAAAGACGACCAUUUGCGGUGCGGUUGGAUUGCCUUCAUCAAUUGUUUUACUGGAAUCGUUGGAAUCAUCACACUGACUCUAAUGAGCUACAUAUCGUACGCUGGGAUUACGACGAUUUCAGUCGCCAACGCACAAGGAAAUAAAAUCACCUUAAAAAACAAGAUCAUGCUUGUGGCGUUUGUCUGGAUCUUCUCGCUCGUUUUAUCCAUUCCCCCAGCGUUUGGAUGGAAUUCUUUCGUCCCUUUUGAAAAUGGUAUUAGCUGCCAUCCUGACUGGGUGUCCCAGGAUCCUGCUGACCGGUCAUAUAUCAUUCUCCUUGUCAUCUUUGGCUUUUUCUUGCCAGCYGCUAUCAUCUUCGUGUGUUAUUCCAAGACAUAUUGCUUCAUCAAAGGUUCUUCAUUCCCAAUCAACGACUCCAACCAAGCAAUCUUGAAACGUCAAGUAGAAACACAGAAAAAGAUGCUACGCAUGACUGUCGCUGCUGUCACCGUGUUCUUUCUUAGCUGGGCACCAUAUUGCAUUGUYAGCCUCAUGGCCACUGCAAAAGGCCGUCCAGUUCUUUCGGGCGCUGCUUCUUUGUUCCCCGAGCUAACAGCCAAAUCGUCUGUGGUGUUCAACCCUAUGGUGUACACAUUCAUGAACUCGAAGUUCAGAUUCACUUUGAAGAACAUGCUGAGGUUGAACUACAACGCUGUWAGUCCAGUUAGUACUCUUGUCAUGGAGAACUCAAGCUCGAAUGUUGGAACUCCAGCAGCAACGACAAAUUCUUGAGUUCAAAGGAAAAAAACUCAACUGACUUAGCAAACGGGAUUCAACGACAACAGAGCCUGGCAUGAAACAGAAAAAAAAAAUAUAUAUAUAUAUAUCUUUGAUGUGUAGUAUACUAUACUUUGAAUAUGAAAUAGUUUGCGUAUAUGCGGCAACUAGAUUUUUAUUUAUAGCGGCAGUCUCAGAACUUUGCAUCCUGGGAAACCAAGGGGUAUUCUUCUAUAACUCGUUCACAUCGCUCCACAAUAUUUUUUUUAUUAUUUAUGAGAGUCAGAAAAGAGUUAAAGAAGAGUGUCUCUUUGCAUAUCGUACUCGGUAUUUUAGAAGUGCAGUACAUAAUGUACACUGAUGUAAAUACAUAACACAGACCAUUAUACAUACCAUGUCAGUAUACUUUACAUGGGUAGAACACAAUGUAGAUAUAUAGAUAGAUAACAAGGACCAUUACAUACCAUGUCGGUAUACUUUACAUGGGUAGAAUA